AUGGGAGCGUACGACCCCCCCCCUCGGAUCAUGUCCUUUGUUGGGUUGGAAAGCGGCGGCCGCGGCGGCGGCGACAGGAACGAAAAGCAGCAACACCUCUGGGACUGGGAGCCCUCCGUUCACCCGUCCAGCGAGAUCGCCCACUACUACCAGUUUCCACCCUUCUUCGAAAGCGCCGCCAUCCCAAACGCCUCCUUCUAUGAUUGCGCCGCCUCUUCUUUCCCGCCCUUGGCGGCGGCGAGCAGCACCACGGGCGGCGGGUGUCCUCUCUACUCCGUUGUCCCCGGAGACUACCGCGGGGGACCUGUCAAGCAUGAAGACGACUGGGGCGCCGGGGGGAUCGGCCUCAACUUGGGCCACAGGAUGUACUUCCCCACAAGUGACGCGCUUGGCGUCGAGCGGCUCUUCCAGAGAUCAACAGCGAUCUACCAGGUGAGCACCCACGUACCGCAGUGCCAGGUAGAAGGGUGCAAGGCCGACCUGACGAGGGCGAAGAAUUACCACCGCCGGCACAAAGUCUGCGAGUUCCACUCCAAGUCCGCUGUGGUGAUCAUCGGCGGGAUGCACCAGAGGUUCUGCCAGCAAUGUAGCAGGUAA